ACAUGGUCUUUCUUUUGUUAUCUGUACUGGUAGAUAUCAUGUAGUAACUUUCAAAUAUUUCCAAAAUCUUCAAUGAUUUUCUUGUAUAAAUCAGUAAAAUGCUUUUACGACGAGUAGCACAGGAGAUAUUUGUUAUAGUGAUUUGCUUUUUGUGGAGUGUUAACGGUCGACCAUCCAAAGAGAAAAGGAAAAGCAAUAAAAGCGAGAAAGAUCCAAAAUUAACGAAAGAAGAAUGGAAGGUAAUACAUAAGUUUGAAGACGCUUUAAAAGACGAAGAAGGUAAACUAUUCUACACAGACUCCUGGGCAGUACAACUAACGGAUCCGGCGGAAGUGGAGGUCGCUGAUAGGAUAGCAUCUAAACAUGGUUUUGUUAACCUUGGAAAGGUAGGCACUCUCAAAGGAUUUUACCAUUUCAAACACGUUGGCAAUUCAUUUCGUGGAAAAAGAGACAUUCAUGAAAAAACAACAAUGUUGAUGUCCGAAGAAGAGGUACUAUGGGCAGAAAGACAGCAUGUGCUCAAUAGGAACAAAAGAGACGGUGUCCCUUCUGAUCCAAAGUUCCAGGAUCAAUGGUACCUGUAUAACCAAGGUCAGUCGUCUGGUCCGGCAGGAGUCGACCUGAAUGUGAUGCCAGUAUGGCAAAGUGGUAUAACAGGUCGAGGCGUAGUUGUCAGCAUUCUCGAUGAUGGAGUAGAUAGUACUCAUCCCGAUCUUUAUGAGAACUUUGAUCAAAAGGCCAGCUAUGAUUUUAACGACAUGGACGCAAACCCGCAUCCUCGCGAUACAGAUCCCGAUAAUUGUCACGGGACACGUUGUGCGGGAGAGGUUGCAGCAAAAGCCAACAAUAGCAUCUGUGGAGUAGGAGUUGCUUAUAAUGCAAAUAUUGGAGGAGUGCGGAUGUUGGAUGGUCAGGCGACCGACGUUUUAGAAGGCAGCGCUCUCAGCUUUCAGUCCGACUACAUAGACAUUUAUAGCAACUGUUGGGGACCUAAGGAUGAUGGGAAGACUUUUGGAAAACCUGGAAAAUUGGCGCAAGAGGCUUUAAAACAAGGAGCAUUGAAGGGUCGCCGUGGUUAUGGUAACAUAUACGUAUGGGCAACGGGAAAUGGAGGUUUAACUGAUGACGAUUGUAACUGCGAUGGAUACACGACAAGUAUAUAUACAAUCUCAGUGGGAUGCAUUGGGGAUCAUGGUCUUUCCGCAUACUACACGGAGCUCUGUUCAUCCACGCUCGCGGUCACGUUUAAUGGAGGAUCUCAUAGGGAGAAAGAAGAAAAUAAGAUAGUAACCACAGAUCUUCAUCACAGAUGUACUGAGGAAUUUAAAGGAACAUCAUCAGCUGCACCAUUAGCGGCCGGAAUGAUUUCACUUGCUCUGGAAGCUAAUCCCAACCUGACCUGGCGGGACAUGCAGCACGUGAUUGUAGAAAGUGCGCAAGUCACGAGUCCAGUCGACGAUGGAUGGCUGAGAAAUGGCGCGGGAUACCACUUCAAUCAUAAAUUCGGUUUCGGGAGAUUGGAUGCUUAUCAGCUCGUACAAAAAGCAAAGUCUUGGAUCAAUGUCGCUAAACAAAGAAUCUGCGAGGGACCAUCGAGCGAUAUACAGCAGGAGAUUCCAGCGGGUGGCACGCUUUCUGUUACCAUAGACACCAUUGCGUGUGAAGAAACCGAAAACGACAUAGAGAAACUAGAGCAUGUUACGCUGACCAUGAGCUUCCAACAUCGUAGGCGCGGUCAGGUUAGCAUUGACCUCUUUUCGCCGAGCGGCACAAGAAACGAGAUGCUAUCAACGCGUCGCUAUGACGACUCUACUAAUGGACUUCAUGAUUGGACAUUUAUGACCGUGCAUAACUGGGGCGAGAGUCCCAAAGGUGUUUGGAUCAUGAACGUAACAGAUAAUAUCAACAUUAUGGGCAAGCACCUGAACGCAGGAACAUUCACUCAACACGAUACCAGCAAACAGGCAACAGAUGUAGAGGACCUUGAAGAGGAGGUAAUUGACGAUCAAAAAAAGACGGAAGAAUUGGAACGUGUUAAGACAGGUAAAAGUACCCCCGGGCCAAUGCAAGAGAACUCACGUUAUCCGGAGGGUGUCAAAAAAUUUACCAUUGAUCGUGUAUCACCAGCAACAUUUGAGAAUCAGAAAUUAUUUACAUCGGCAUAUGAACAACUUCAGCCAUUUUGGAAUCAGUCGACAGCUGCCUAUUACAAUAACUACAAUUACGAUCAGCCAUUCUCGUAUGGCUACGACAACACUCCGCACAUUUCCGAUUAUUCUUACGAUGAGGACCCGACAAGACGGACUUAUGCCAAACGAGAUAUAUAUGAAUCAUUCUACCCGGAAGAUGAGAGGGCUAUAUUUGAUGAAACUUCACAAAAUAAACGCCAGCUACCGACUUACAUUGACGCUCGCCCGCAAGAAACGCUGGAGGAGACUGGGUCUCAGCGGGUACAAGUGAACAAUGGUUUUCAAGAGGACUUUUUGCCAGGGUUCAAUUCCGAGUCGGGACAUUUGACCUCAGGAAUUUUACUUCAGUGGAAACUGACUUUCUUUGGAACAGGAAAAACAGAAUUACUUAAUGACGAGGAUAGCUAAUGGUACAUGUUUACAUAUCAGGAUGUAUAUUUGAAUUCCUGCAUAUACAGAAGGAUAAGAUGGGAUUGGAAGGAUAGAUGAAAUAAGUAUGAAAGACAAUAGGACUCAUCGACAUUUUACUAUGACCGGACAUUGGCAGAUACAAUCAAUAAUUUCACAUACCUUUGAUUGUGCAAUGUUUGUUGUUAGUCGCUGUCGCCUUCAUCCGUAGAAGAUUCGCCGUGUCCUCCUGAAAAUUAAAGCAAUACUUCAUGUAACUAUACUUCAUAAACCAAUACUCAAUGUAUAUCCUGCUUAAAACUAUAGGUUUAAAAAGUACUAUUUAAUUUAUUAUUUAAAACCUUCCAACUUCAACAUGUUCAUAAUGGCGUUAUGAUAAAGAUCUUUUUGCAAAGUUUUACUUUCAAUUUAAUAAAGAUUUCAAAAUAUGAAUGGCAGUUAAAAAAGCUAAAAUGUACAGAAUUAAUGACACAAAUACAUGUAGUAGGUAGAAUUAUAUGGUUAUAUAGUUAUUAUAAAUUAUAUUUCAUCGAAAUUAUAUAAAAAUGUUAAAAAAGAUUUAAAUAUAUUCUACAAAAGUUUAAUACUACUUUAAUAAAUCAUCAUGAGCCAUGAUACAUGAAUUUAAAAAGGAA